AUGCGGCGGAUCUACGCCGCCCGCGCGACACGCCUGCAGAAUGCGAUGCCGUUAUCCAACAUCUCUUGCACCGGCUCAAUCUGGAAUCAUGUGCAAAUACCAGAAUGGGAGAUGAACGGAAAAAAAGGCUGUAGCGGUGGGGAGCGGCGGAGAACGAGCAUCGGGAUACAGCUACUCGGCAAUACAGACGUUCUAUUCUGUGAUGAGCCCACAACCGGCCUGGAUGCAGCGACGGCUUGCCAGGUGGUUAGGGUGCUGAAGGGACUUGUUGAAGAAGGCUUGACCGUGGUGAUGUCGAUUCACGCUCCCCGUUCAGAUAUGUGGCCGGAGUUCGAUGAUAUAGUCCUGCUUGCUCGCAGCUCUGUCUUAUUCAGUGGACAAAGAGAUGAGGCACUCCCACAUUUUAGUCGCUGUGGAUUUGAUAUGCCUCAAUACGUCAAGCCGGCUGAAUAUUUGAUUGACCUUGCGGCGUUGGAUACAAGAACAGACGAGCCCCAGCAAGAAUCUACCAAUCGGUUGAAUUAUCUUGAGUCUCACUGGAAUAAUUCUCAGUAUACAUAUCAACGAAGGUCUGAGAUGUCAGAGGCUUCUGAAAUUCCCAUGCUAGGCGCAAACUCGGAAUUCCAUCGCCCAAAGCGCGCACUGGGCCUUACGAGACAGGUCAUGAUAUUAACUUCACGCAAUAUGAAGAUGUUUUGGCGCGAUCACAACGCACUCGCCGGCGCAUGGGGAGGCGCCCUAGCCAUGGCUGUGAUAAACGGGUGGGUUUUCUCGAAAACGGAUGGAAGCUUAUCAGGAAUUCGAUCUCGCGAAGGAAGCUUAUGGAAUGCGACCGAGCUAUAUGGAUAUCUCAUCCUCGUCAAUGACCUCUAUCUUAUGAACUUGGAUAUUCAAUUAUUCGAUCACGAGAGCCAGGACGGCAUCACGACACCAGUGGGCUUUCUUCUAAGCAGAAGGGCAGCGAAACUAAUACUUGAAGACCUGCCGAUUCCCCUGAUCUUCACAAUAAUAUACUAUUUACUUGCGGGCUACCGCGAAUGCGCACGUCAGUUCUUCGUCUUCCUGGCCAUGAUGUUCUUGACCCACUUGAACGCCGUGUCUUUUGCGACGCUUUCGACUGCCAUAUCACGCCACUUUCUAGUAGCUGGGCUGUUGGGUAACAUCUAUUUUACCAUGCAAAUGGUGGCUUCUGGAUAUUUUGUUCCGUCUAAUCAGAUGCCACCGUACGUGAGUUGGUUGAGAUGGCUUACUCACACUUUCUACACCUUUGGUGCUCUUUGCACAAACGAGUUCAUUGGUGAAAAAAGCCCUUUUGGGCCGGGGCAAUUCUAUGACUGUCCGUAUUCCAAAGACCCUACUGAUCCAUCUUGUAAACAGUAUACGGGCUCUUAUGCCAUGAAUAGCUUGGGACUUCCCCACGACUGGAUAUGGCAGCCCGCUAUUAUUCUAUGUGCCAUUGCUUCCCUAAUUUACAUCAGCGCUGGAGCUUUAAUGCACUUGAAUCCACCAAAACCUGAAACAAUUUCCGGGACCAAGACAAAAAGUGCUCUACGGAUUGAUUCCCUAGAGAUUUCACGCUCCAGUCCCAUACCAAGUGAGCAAGCCGUCACUAUCACUUUGCAGGAUUACGGUUUAUCAGGACGGGGAAGCCUCAACGACAGUGAAACAACUUGCUUGGCCCAAUAUCUGCAGAAUUUCAUCCUGGGCGAUUAG